UAAGAUAAAUUAUAAUUUAAAAAGCGAAUUGGGGGGUGGUUUAGGAAAUGUGGGUUGCGGUUUAGAAAAACAACGAGACCAAAUCAACGCGUUGUUUGUUCAUCAUAUUGGAAUAUCAUCUUCAUCAAAGGGAAAGCUUGAUUAAGGAAGAGGGCAUCUAACUGACACAGAGGGAAGGCAAUGGCAUCAGAUUCAGCAGCUCGAACCCCGCAACUGAGGAAAGACUCAGUGACGAAGCGGUGGGUGAUAUUCUCACCCGCCAGAGCCAAGCGACCUUCCGACUUCAAAUCCAAGUCCCCCAUCAACCCCAACUCCGACCAACAACAACAGUGCCCCUUCUGCAUCGGCCACGAGCACGAGUGCGCUCCCGAAAUCUUCCGGAUCCCGCCCGACAAUCCGGACUGGACAAUCCGGGUCAUCCAGAACCUCUACCCCGCCCUCAGCAGAGACAUGGACGUCGUCUCUGCUCAAGACCCGUUACACCAGAACUCCGAUUCGGGUCCGGGUCGGGUCUUGAUCAGUGGGCUUGGGUUCCACGACGUGGUGAUUGAGACCCCUGUUCACUCCGUUCAGCUUUCCGAUUUGUCGGCGAGACAGAUUGGCGAGAUUCUUGUUGCGUACACGACGAGGAUCCGGCAGCUUAUGAUCCACGAUGUCAUCAGAUACGUCCAGGUGUUUAAGAAUCAUGGUGCUUCAGCUGGGGCAUCAAUGAGCCACUCUCACAGUCAGUUAAUGGCACUUCCAAUUGUUCCAACUGCAGUUGCUGCCCGACUUGACAGUAUGAAGGAGUAUUUUGAUCAGACUGGGAACUGCAGCGUUUGUGAAUUCAAAUCUUCAAAGGAUCUGUUGGUUGAUGUUUCAGCCCAUUUUGUUUCAAUUGUACCGUUUGCUGCUACAUUUCCAUUUGAGAUAUGGGUUAUUCCUCUCGAUCACUCUCCUCAUUUCCAUGAACUAGACGCCGACAAGGCAGUUGACCUUGGAGGGCUCCUAAAACUCAUGCUUAGGAAGAUGUCUUUGCAGUUGAACAAUCCGCCGUUCAAUUUCAUGGUUCAGACUUCUCCUCUUCGGGAUAGUGCUUCACAGUUAUCUUACUCCCAUUGGUUCUUGCAGAUCGUACCUCAAUUAGGUGUUGCGGCAGGGUUUGAAAUUGGAACUGGGUGUUACAUAAACCCAGUAUUCCCGGAAGAUGCUGCAAAAGUUUUGAGGGAAGUAAAAGUCUCACCUUCGGUAUGAAGGUCUAAGAAGUCCGGUAAUAUCAUAUUCAUACCCUCUUUUUAGAAGAAAUUGAAUGUGAGAACCAUUACUAAUUUCUACGAGAAAACCAAUAUGUUAUCUAAUUGUAUGAGAAGCUUAUGGUAUUUGUCUAUUUGAUCAAAACACAUUGGUAAUAACCCUUAUUUUAUUUUGUCUUAUAAAGAAUAAUGAUGUUAAAUUUA